AUGUCGUGGCCCUCGGUAUACAAUGCCGUUGCGGCCCUCUUGCAUCCAAUCACCAUCCUGCACGACGCUUACCGCAAUCUCACCGUUCCAUUCCCUUUCAACUACUUUUCUGCUGCCAUCAUCUCCUACUUCAAGCUUCCCACUGUACCCCUUCUUGAUGCCCCGGCUACUGUCCUGCUCAUAGACGCAGCACCAGUUUGGCUUGAAUUGGACACACAACCUCACUGGCCCGAGCACCGUUCGAGAGGCAUAUUCGAGGAAGCGAUGGAGUUCAUGCAAGCGGGGCUUGGUAACAUGCAUCUAAGAGACAACAUGGAGUGUAUCGAUUGUGUGUCUGUGUCCGGAGUAAAUGCAUUGACCAUCAUCGUAACAGCGACUAUUUGCGCUCUCCUGCUAGUUGCCUUUGUCUAUGUCAAAAUGCGUAGCACAUCAAACACGUCAUUGUCCCUCGAUGAACUCAUUCGAUGCCAUCUUACGGACACAUCGGCACCAGCCACAGAUUUCUGGUCGCUCAAUUUGGCACAAGCUGCGCACGAUAAAGACGACGAACCCGAGCGCCAUGACACCGACGACGGCAACAAGAGCGACACUGAUGACAGCCACGGUGCCACUCGAUCAUCGAUCGAAGUCAACAUUAACGUUGAUGAUGCCUCGACCUGCGUAGACGCGCUCGCUACUCCUGCAGACAAGACGUCCGCCAUUGACAUGAACACUGGCGAAGGGGCCUACAGCGAAUUCACUCUGACCUCUACUGUUUGCCAACAGAACAAUGUGGAUGUUGACACCUAUAGUGAUAACACAUCGUCGUCUUCGUCACGCUCGGACGCGGUUUCGAACCAUGGGUCAUCUGUUAUGGACGGUUUCGUCGACGCCACCGCCGAACCUAAAAACCCCUUGAGCAACGUGGGCACCCCCGAUGCCGAUGCUGAUGCUGACCUCACGACUUUGCCUGCUUUGGAGACCGUGACAGACACAGUUGCUACCCCUACCACCAAUAAGGCGUUACACGUGGAGGUCAACGUUCCGACCGACGCUGAUGGGUUGGUAGUUGACGCGAAUGAAUGUUUUACACCCCUCGAUCUCUCUUCUCCACAUGAGGACCACCAAGACGCGCUCGCUACUCCUGCGGAUACGGCAUCCGCCUUUGACACGAGUAUCGGUGAAGGGGCCUACAGCGGACCCACUUGGACUUCUACCGUCUGCCAACAGAACAACGUGGAGGUCGCCACCUAUAGUGAUGACACCCCGCUCUCUUCGCCAUGCUCGGAAGCUGCUUCCAGCCAUAGGUCUUCUGUCGUGGACAAUUUCGUCGACACCGCCGCCGAACCUACAACCACCUUGGGCGACGUGCACACCCCCGAUACCGUUGGUAAUGCUGACCUCGUGACUUCGUCUGCGUUGGAGACCGUGACAGACACAGUUGCUUCCCCCACCGCCGAUGGAGUUUUCGACAUGGAGAUCACGGCCAAUGUCGCGACCGACGCUGGCGGGUUGACAGUUGACGCGAAUGAAUCUUUUGCACAGCUCGGUCUCUCUUCUCCACAUGAGGACCAGCGAUCGGACGACAUUACCUUCGGAGCAUACGAUCCACGUCCCAACACAUCUGACGUCGACAACUCUAUCACCUUCGAUGGACACGGUAGCGUUGUCAUUGUCGAUGCACUGUCUGAAAGUAUCCACGAUGAAAUGGCGUGGGAGCUUACCGGCCGAAUUUCGUCCACUUCCGAAGACUCUGAUGUUGUGGACCCCGCUGAUGCUGAAGUGACUUCAGAGCCCGAGCCUGUGGCACCCGGGCAGGAUGUUUUCUCUCUUGACCAUGUCGCCCCCGUCACCGGACCUAUGAAUUCUCUUGAAGCUGAACCGGUUGUUGCACAUAACGCGCAGGAGCCAAAACCCGAUGCGACAUUGGUCCCGGAACCUGCCUCCGAAGUCCAUAGCACUGUCGCCGAGGUGGUCGUUCAGGACGUCUCUUCUGUGGAAUCAAUGUCCGAGCCUGACUGUGAAUGUACUCCUGGACCAAUUCUUGAAGAUGCCUCUCUUCCACUCGAUGGAAACCUGACCGAUGUUCAAUCCUCCGCUGAGAAUGGAGGGUCGACGCUCGAAGCUGUUGACGUUCCCUCACCCUGUGACCUCUCCUCCGACUUUCCCACCUUGGAAGUUUUGACACUGGGUCCGGAAUCCGAGCCUAGUGAAGCCUUGGAAAUCAAUCCAGAGGAUGUCGCUGAUGACGAACCAACUGAAGAGGGCGAUAUUACUGAUAUGCAUUCAUCGGCCAACCAGACACCCAAUCUGUCUUCUUCAGACGUCUCCAUUGAAGAGGCUCAGGACGAGGUUCAGCCUAGCGAAGAAGACUCCCAGGAUGAUGUACUUAUGGAUGAAGCACUUGUUGCGGAGCAGGAUCUGACCGAUAUUGAGCUGGCCUCCUUGGACGAUGUUGAGGAGAAUACGCUCAAUCCUGCGGACCUUCCCCUACCUGCCUCACCUGCAUCCACCCACUCUUCGGAAGAUUGUGUACUCGAGGACACCUCUAUCCCACCACCCUCCCACGAUUCAACGACAGACACUACUGAGACAACGGCCCUGAUCGACACCUCUGAAACGCAGGCCGAUCACUUAACCAUACCCGAGGAUGACCAGAUGUCUGUUUGUGAUGAUACCGUUUCAUCGGAUGCCCUCGCUGACUUAGUGGACUCAACUUUUGCGGAGACUACGAGGCAAUCGGACCCUGUCGAACCAGUUCCUCCCCUCGCAUCCCCCGUUGGACCGGCGCCUUUGUCUCCCCUGGCCACACCUGUCAUCGAAAUUCCUGAGCUUGCCAGGGCCUGUGGUGAGAGUACCGUUCAGGAGGCCUUACAUUCACCCACCACUGCCCCUGAAGAUGCGCCUACUUUGGUUUCUCCGAUCAUCCGUACUGCAGAGCCAAUAUUCGAGGGCGUGUCGCCUCUGGCCUCGCCUGUCGCUGAAACCACCGAAUCGCUCGGGCCGGCCGUGGAAGAUGGUGUUCCGACAUCAUCGCCCGUGCUGUGCGCCGUUUCCGGACAUCCAGCUCUUUCGGUAUCCCCUGUCGUCGAGAUUGCUGCGCUCACCAAGCCCGCCGCCGAGCUCAUCCCGGAACCUUCACCCUCACCCCGUGUUGUUGCCGAGCAGUCUUCAUCCGUGGCUUCACCAAGUAUUGGGGAACCAGAGCUGAUCAGUGAACAAAUCGAGGAUGUUGUUUCUGAAUCCCUGCCUACUACGUGGGCUAUUGCAGAGGACACACCUUCUUUGACGUCUCCAGUCCUCGCCGAUGUCGAACCUACUGAGAGUGUCGUUUUGGAACCCUCCUCGUCUCCGUGUGCCUCGGGAGAGCUUUCACUACCUCCUUUGGUUUCGCCUUCAAUAGAAGCCGCCGAGGUUCUGAGUGGACCCGCCGAGGAAGUUGUUUCCGUGCCAUCGCCUUCACUCCCCGCAGAUACACCCCUUCCGACUUCCCCCGUGCCCCAAAUUAUCCAGGAAGCCAACCAGGUCGCUGACGAGGUCCAUUCGGAAUCUCUGCCUUCGCUGACCACCGUUUCAACCACUCCGCUUGUUGUGGCUUUGCCAGUCGUCGAAACUCCGGAAUUGCUUACUGAAGGCCUCACGUCGGAAUUACCAUCUGUCCAAGCGCCCAUGUCUCCCGCUCUAUCCCCACUCGUCGCGAGCAAUGAGGUGGCUAGUGAACGUACUGAAGAUGAACCAGAAUCUACGCUUCUAACUCCGAUAGCUGCCAUGGUGGACAUCCAAGCACCGGUUUCAGAUUCAUUGGAAUCGUCCUGGAUUACUGUCCCAACAGAGGCAACAACAGAUAGUACCCCGGAUAGCAAGACUCCAUUCACAGACCCGAUGUUGGACGAGCUGAAGAUUUGUGGUGAUACCGAGUCGGUCGUACCUACGGCUACAGAUACGGCGCCUGCUCCCGCAAUGCCGCUGGACGAUCCCACAGCCGCACCGACCAUGGAUGCCCGUGCACUCGAUCUCAUUCAUCCGCUUCAGGUCGAGGAACUUGCUCUGUCAACAUCCCAAUCUGCGACCGGUCCCGAGACUGUUGCCCUUGGAUCUAACGUCUCUACACCCGUCGAAUGCCCGAAGCCGUCCGACUCGGCGGGGUCAGCGUCAGCCUCUCCUGAUCGAAUCCUCUCCCCAGAUGUUCCCACAAUGAGCUCCCCGACUACUGACUGCGCUACGUCGUUCUCUCCUGCGUCUUCUACUUCCUCGUCUUCCAGAGCGUCUUCUGCCUCCUCUUCUGGGGGUUCUUAUUCAUCUUCCUCUACCAAUGGACGUGUUCCCGAGGGUUGGAUCUACACUCAUCGCGCGACGGAGGGCGAUCAAAAAGACCGUAUUUGUACGUCAGCCAUGGGGUGUCCUCGAAUGGAGCAGAGAUCUCCUGAGGAUUGCAGAUUCGGUUUGUGGCACCCGCCUGUUGUCUGCGAGAUGAUAUGCAAGGGGCUUCACUGCAAUAAGGGCGACGUUUGCUCUGAAGAAUUCCGCCAUAAUAUUCCAGAGUCUCUCGCCAAGACUCAGCCACCAAGGACCGUUUGUCCGCACAGGAUGCCAGAAGAAUCGUGUCCGACGUGGCCCAGGUGCCAGUACAGGUCUCACAAGACGUUAGAGGAGUGGCUCGAGGAAUGGGAAGCCUUUGAGAAGGAGGUAUAUCUUUGGGAGAGUGGCGAUCCUGACAGUCACUUGCGGUGGCCAUCCCAACCGAAGAAUAAAAGGAAGCACGCGCGGCAGUCUAAGAGGGCACCGACGACCAGGACGUGAUAUCGUCUAGGUUAUUCAGUGUUGCUCCUUCGUUACUCCGAGUGGAUACUCUGCCAUGUUUGCCCCUGAUUUAGUUCCGUAUACUUCCCUCUUCGAAGUUGAAUCGUACUACUAUUGUUACACCGUUGCUCCAUACGGUCCUUAGGUUGUAGCCUAAUAUGUGCGUGUGGUUCUCUUCUGACCGGAAUGCAAGGAGCACCUCGUUCGCUACGAUGUACAAUUAUAUAUAUUACUUAGUUCGUUGAACUUCAUUGUAAAUAGAAAUCGUUUGAGCUUGUC